AUGGUAUUAGGAUUAUUUGUUGAAUUGUGCAGUAUAAUUUCGGACAAAGUUCGUUUAAUACAGUUAGUUGAAAAAGGUGACCGUAAAAAAUGUGAAAUCGCCAAAGAAUUCAAUAUUCCACCAAAUACAUUAUCGUCAAUUAUUAAACAGAAAGAGAAAAUAAUGAAGUUCAAUUGUGGAAAUAUGAAAAAAAUGAGGAUGACUCCUUAUUUAGACAUUGAUAAAUGUUUGCUAAAAUGGUUUACUCAGUGUCGAGAUAAAAACAUACCAUUAAAUGGAACAAUUUUACUUGAAAAAGCAAACGAAUAUGCACAACAACUAGGACACACUAAUUUUAAAGCUAGUAGUGGAUGGCUUACAAAUUGGAAAAAAAGACACUAUGUAGUUUUUCGAACUGUUUGUGGAGAAAAAGCUUCAGCAGACACACAUUGUUGUUCAAAUUGGAUUAAAAAUCUUCCUGAUGUCUUAGCAGGUUAUUCUUCUAAUGAUAUUUUUAAUAUCGAUGAAACGGGCUUAUUUUUCAAAUGCUUACCAGAUAAAACAUUAAUGUUAAAAGGUAAAGAAUGUUCGGGUGGAAAUUAUGUAUUUUAG